AUGAUAAUAACUUACCUAGCAAAUAGAUGUUCUCUUUCAAAAAAAUUCCCCCCCCUUCCCGUCGCCCUCGCUCGCUCCUCUUCCUUCCCCUCUCCUUUGCGCGCUCCCCCGUACCUUCCCGUCGCCAUCGCUCUCUUCUCUCCCCCGCCCCAUGUCCUUCGUUCUCUUCCCUCCCUUCCCGUCGACAUCGCUCUCCUCUCCCCUCCCGCCCCAUGUCCUUCGUUCUCUUCCCUCCCUUCCCGUCGCCAUCGCUCUCUUCUCUCCCGCCCCAUGUCCUUCGUUCUCUUCCCUCCCUUCCGUCGCCAUCGCUCUCUUCUCUCCCGCCCCAUGUCCUUCGUUCUCUUCCCUCCCUUCCGUCGCCAUCGCUCUCUUCUCUCCCGCCCAUGUCCUUCGUUCUCUUCCCUCCCUUCCGUCGCGAUCGCUCGCUCCUCUCCCGCCCCGCCUCUCCCGCCCUUUCCUUCGCGCUCUCCCCUCCCUUCCCGUUGCUGUCGCUCUCUCGUCCCCCACCCAAUCUCCCCUCCCAUCGGCCAAUCCGUCACACUCGCGCUCGCUCUGACCCGCCCCCCCCGCGCCGUUCGUAUAUCCCCUCGAAUCACCCACCUCGCCGUCCUUGCGUUCGCCCCCGAAAUGCCUGCCCGUCGCCUUUCGUAA